AGUGUUCUGCACUUCCGACGCUUCCGAUUUUUCCCAUGCCGCGUGCAUCGUGUAUCGAGUUGACCAUGCUUGUGCCCUGUUGUGCUCAAACUUCGUAAACAUGACUUACAAAAGCCAGUUAACUCCUCGCUGUAGGACUGGAGCAAGCUUGGUUAAGCACAAAGGGACGUUCUCCUAUAAUUCUAAAUUUUUCCUCAUUCCAAGUGGCACGGGUGUAAAAGUCUACAGCUGUGCUACCGGAGAAAGUACUAGCACUUUUAGCGAACACAGCACUGAAGUAGUCGCUGUUUUAAGGAACCCGGAAAACCUUGUGCAGGUGCUGAGUUGUUCUGACGAUGGUGUUGUGUACAAGUGGGACCCUUCAGAUGGUUCUGUGCUUAAGAAACAUGAGGUUUCGAUUCAUGUUGGAGAUGGGAAGGAGUAUAAGGUGACAGGCUUCUAUGCUCCACCAUCAUUUUCCUCCUGGUUUGUCCUCAGGCAAGAACCAGAUGCCAGCCACGGGAAGCUCGAAAGUAUGUCUCGUGAUGGUGGAGAAGGCCAGGUGCUAGUGGAGAAGGUGACCCUUGGCAGCUCCUCUCCCGUCGCAUUCAACUCGGAGGGUGGUUUCUACGCCACCAUCUACAAGGCCAAGCUCUCUGUUGGAACUACAGGGCUGCCUUCCCAACCUGCAUCUGUGUUUCAAGCCAUGGGCCACAAGAAAGGUGUGAAGUUCACUUGUGUUGCCUGCCACCCCACUGAGGCAUCACUUGCUACCGGUGACACCUUGGGACGCAUCACCAUUUGGCAGGGCCUGAAAGAGACUAAACCAGUGCGUUCCAUCCACCACUGGCAUACACUUCCUGUUUGUGACUUGGCCUACACUGCUUCUGGCAGUUUCCUGCUAAGCGGCGGUGGUGAGUGUGUGCUGGUCAAGUGGAGCCUGCCGUCGGGAGGAAAACAGUUUUUGCCUCGCAUGGGCUUACCAAUUCGCCACAUUGCCACCUCACCUGAUGCCACUUUAAUCCUCACGGCGCACACCGACAACUGUCUGCGGCUGGUGAGCAGCCAGAUGAAUGUGGUGCGGCAAGUGCAAGGGCUCGCACUGAGUCAAGGGUCUGCGCGUGAGCUCUUGUUUCACGACCCUCGUUCUAGUUCCCUGCUUCUCCGAGGAAUGCCAGGGCAUUUGCAGUUCUACCAACCCCAUGAAGACAAGCAGCUCUUCUGCCUGGAUGUGGUAGGCCAGAACUACAUGACCCAAGAGCGGGAGGGCGGCAUUGUGAACACCGAGGUAGUCCUCGCUGCCCUUGCUGAUGACUGGCUGGUCACCGUUGAGCACUGGGCUGAUGACAGCUUAGGCCCUGAGACUCGCCUGAAGUUCUGGCACUUUGACCACACGCUCCAGAACUUUGUCCUGGACACGAGUGUCUAUGCACCGCACAACGGCCCCCUCAACGACCUACAGCUGCACAAGCCGGACACUGAAAGCAGUCGUGGCACGUUCCUUGCACUCACAACAGCCGAUGACCGCAAGUUUCGUCUCUGGGCGCCACAGGAUGAGGUGGCAGUUCCUGAUGGGCCAGAACCCACUUCACAGGGCCAAGUAGUGCACGUGAGCUCAUGGAACUGCAUUGGCUCGGGGUCCUUUCGAGGCUUUGCAGCUGGCAAGGGCUCCAUCUCCCAAGAUGGCUCAUUGUUGGCAGUCAGCUUUGGCCGAUCAGCAACGCUCUGGUCUGAGGACUGUGCCCUGAGAGCUGCAUUGGCCCACCCACAGUGCCCUUCCAGCAUCACGGAACUGUGUUUCGGCCGAGGUGCCUCCUCGCACCUGCUCACAACGUGCACAGAAGUGAAGCUGAUUGUGUGGGACAUCAUCUGCCUCACAGUACUGUGGGAACUUGACUGCACAGUCACCUGCUUGGUAGCGGACAUCUCCAGCGAAGCAGUGGCAGCAUUCUGCAGCAACAACUCAAUGCUCCUGUUUGAGCCAAGGAUCAAGGAUUCUGUACAGACCAGUGAUGUCCCUGCCGAAUGCCAGCCAGUCAGGGCAGCCACGUUUCUGCCCAAUAGCUCGGCCAGUGGUGAUGCCUUGCAGCGACUCUGCUUUCUCAGCAAAGAGAAGGAACUCUACUCCUGGGUAGAUGAUACCAAGGAAAAAGAAGCUGUGAAGGCAAAUCAGUCAAUAAAACUGGAGUCUGUGGUGCCUCCCACGCCAUUCGGCGCUCUGGUGGCUCAAGAGAGCCGGUCAGCUGUAGCAACCGAGGCACCUGAACAGCACAGGCUUGGACUGUCCGGCUUCCGGGAAGUGCGCCAGCUUCUGGAUGUGGCCUCUCACACUUUGCCCCCAAUGACAAGUCUCUACGAAAACUUGCUGUCGGCAUUCCUUAGUAAUAAGGAACAACGAAAAAGAGUUGUAACGAAGUGUAAAGAAGCCACCGCUUCUGGUGAUGAUGCUGAUGCCAUGAGCCAAGUUGAGUCUGACUCAGAUGUGGACAUGGAUGUUGAUCAAGAACCUGGGGAGUGCAAAGCUUUGGAUACAGACAAAGUGUCAACUGCACAAGACAGUUCAACAGAGAGUGUCAAAUUAGCCAAAGCGAAGCACUUUGCCUGGUUGACUAAAAAGAGCUAGCACUACAUAAAAUAUAAGAAAUCAUAUCUAGGUUUUCACACUUCAUCGUUCAUCUAUUAAAGCAUAUUUAUCAUUUU